AUGUUAACUUUCACUUUUUUUAGGCAUUUAAUAAAAAUUAUUUUUUCCAAUUAUAAAUUCACGUAUUUUCAUCAACUUUUCUCACAAUCUUGUAAGAUAAAAUCGAUAAAAAAAGAAGUAUUUAUCAUUUCUUUUUUUUUCAGAAGAAUUAGGCGUAAACCGAAAGUCAUUCCUUACAUAAAAAAAAAGUUUAUAAGGUUUUUAAAUAUCCCACAACCUCUAGUAUCUAUAUUUUAUGAUUUAUUUAAUAGAUGACUUACAAAAAUUAGGGAAAAGAUUGGAUUGAUCUGUUAAAAUAUGGGAAUAUUCUCAUCUUAGAAAGGAGAAAAUAUAGAUCAUCGAGAUGUAAUAUAUUUGUUUUAGAAAAAAAGAACUACCUGAACAUUUUGAUAUUUAUAUAGAAUUUGCACUUUCUGAGCACUUGAGGCUUUUAUUGCAUUUCUGAAAUCAGUCGAAUUUAUC